AUGAACCCCGUAGCCCUCCGCUCGGUGUGCGCCCGAGCAAGGCCAGAGGUCCAGCGAACCGGGUACGCACUGAAAAACUACUUUCGCGACUUUUCCACAUCCCAAUCGCUCGCGGCAGACGAAGCCUCCCCGCCGACUCCCCCAUCACAGCCGUCGGUCCGCCAACGAACGAGAGACGCCACCAGCGAAAUCAGUUCCCUCGUGAAAAGGGGCCGCGGAGGAUCAAGGGGUAGCUCCAGAGGCGGCAGCCUUUCUGGCCAGCGACAGUCUGCUCAACCGCCGGCCGGAUCUGCCCCCAAGGUCAUUGACGUCAAGAGCCUGCCCAAGGGCCUGUCGCGAGGACGCGGCGGCUUCCGCGGGAGAGGAGGAGGAGGAAGGGGGGGGCAGGUCGGCGCCAUGCGGUUCGGGGCGGCAACGGCGUACGCGCCGCGCCUGACGAUGGGGUCGCUGGCGCCCUUUGCGCCGGCCACGCCCUCGAGCGCCGCGGGGAGGCGGGCCACCGUGCUGGGGAACCUGAGCGCGCUGGGGACGGCGGACCCCGUGGGCGUGCCGCAGGACCUGCAGGCCCGUAGCUACGCGGAGGACUUGGAGAGCGAGGGGCUGCGGUUCUUUGCCGACGCCAAGGCGAGGGAGGCUGCGGAGCGCUAUCUCCAGGAGAAGAGGGCCGAGGGCGAGGGCGAGGGCGAGGGCGAGAUUAUCCGCGAUGCGGGGGAGAGUGUGCGGAGCGUCGUCUUGGACAAGGCUGUGCGCGGCGAGCAUGAGAAGAUGGUGUUUAGGGAAGGGCCCGUGGGCGUCGCGAGGAAUUGGCAUUUGAGGGCCGAGACGUACACGGGCAAGGAUGUGGAGAGCUUUGAGAACAAGUUGAACUCGCUGGUGGGCAAGGGCGCUGGCAAGAAGGGGGAGAAGAAGGCCGCGACCACGGCGUGA